UAACUCGUUAACUGUUUAAGUGUUUUCUAGAAGAAAACAAAUAUGUCUGGUACAUUUUACUGUAGAUCCUUACUCCGCAGAGUAUGUUUUAACUGCAAAAAUCAUCUACAACAACAGACAAAGCACAUGCAUUCGGAUGCCGGAGAUCCUAGGAUUUAUUCACUUAUUCGACAAGGGAACACAAUGUUCUUUGAUGAACAGAGGCGAAGUGGGAUUUUAUCACACAAAAUUACAGUGAAUGGUGCACGAAUUCAUUUUGAAACAAGUGGAAGUGGACCUCACACUAUCCUUUUGUUACCAGGAGCUCUCGGAUCUACCAGGACAGACUUUUCUAAGCAGCUGACAGACUUUAACAAGAAGGACUACACGCUGAUAGCCUUUGACCCCCGGGGGUACGGUAAAAGUAUCCCUCCUCAGCGUACCUGGCCCCUGGAGUUCUUACAGCGGGACGCUGAUGAUGCCAAUGGGCUGUGUAUGAAACUAGGACUGAAGUCAGUGUCAGUGAUGGGCUGGAGUGAUGGGGGAAUCACGGGGAUGAUUCUGGCCGCCCAGAAUACCUCCCUCGUAAAAAACCUCAUCAUCUGGGGGGCCAACGCUUAUGUCACGGAGCAGGACAUGCUGAUCUUUAACAGUAUUCGGGACAUUAAUACCUGGAGUGAAGGCAUGCGAACUCCGUUUAUGGCUCUUUAUGGAGAGAAAUAUUUCCGUGAGCAAUGGUCCAAUUGGGUGGAUGCCUACCAGGCUUAUUAUGACAAGAGAAAUGGAGAUAUAUGCAAAGAUGAUUUAAAGAAAAUAAGAGCAAGAACACUCAUUAUACACGGAAUCAAAGACCCUCUUGUACCAUUAGAACACCCUGACUACCUUCAUCAUAACAUCAAAGGAUCAAGACUGUACAUGCUACCGGAGGGGAAACAUAACCUUCACAUUCGUUACCAUAGAGAAUUCAACUUCCUGGUGGAGAACUUUCUGAAGCAAUCACAGAUGCAAAGUUCACUGUUAAAAAAACAUGGUUCAGCGUAGAGGUUAAAUCACAAAAAGGAAAGAAUUUAUCUUCUUGAUUGUGAACAGUUGUGUCCAUCAGUAAACUGAUUUUUAUCUGUAAUUUUUCCAAAGUUUUUAGACAUCAUACAAGUAUGGAGUGAGCAGUAUCAUUUUGUGAGCUCAUUUUGUUUGUGUCUGUAUUUGGAUUCGGAUCUGUUAAAAUUUUUUGUCUUUUGUAUUAUCAGUAUUUUAAAGGUACUAAGCAGUCAUAUUUAUUGUAGAAAUUAAAUAUGUGCUUAUAUACUUUUAAAAGGGGAGAGGGACUGUUGUCAUGUUUUCAUCAUUCACUGUUUAAAAACAGUCUGCAUUUGGAUAUGUGUACAUAUAUAUGUAUACAGACUUUUCAGAUCAAAUGUGGAUAAGUAUUUAUAUAUAUUAUACCGGUAUGUAUACAAACUUGAUCAAAUAUGGAUACUUAUUUAUAGAGAGUCAUAAAAAAACUUUGUUUCAUAUCAUCAUUUUAGCAAAUUAUAAAAAUCUCUAAGCAAACUUACUGUAAAGUAAGAUUCAUUAUUUUGUUAUUUAUUCGCAUUCAUUGUUACAUGUAUAGAAAAAGUUUUUUAAGCCUAAUUUUGCUUAGCAGUUCAUUACUAUAUGUCAUAUUUAAGUUUAAUCACAUAUAUAAGAAAAGUAAUUGAUAAUAUUGGCUAUUUGUAAUGAUUUUACUUAAGAGACUAUAGCAGGUAGUAAAGACUAAAUAUAUGUUGUGUGAUUUAUGCCUUGCUGAGAAGUGAAUUUGUAUUCAGUCAUCUCUUGUUGUGUGCAGUUUUACUGCUUAUUACAAUUGUACAUUCAUACCUUGCCAUGAAGUCACUAAUUCUGAACUGAUACAGUGCCAUUGUUAUAACUUUCUGGUUUGCAGUUCUAUUGUAUUGUUUUUAGGUAGCUAUCUUCCAAUGUUGUAACUACCUGGUUUGCAGUUAUACUGUAUUGUUUUUAGGUAGCUAUCUUUCAGUGUUAUAACUUUAUGGUUUGCAGUUAUAAUAUAUUGUAUUGUUUUGUGGUAGCUAUCUGCCAAUUGUUAUAACUUUAUGGUUUGGAGUUUUGCUGCUUUUAAUAUUUUCAUUUAUGCAAUAAAUGGGAGGGUCCAUUUUAAAAGCCCUAUUUGUUAAUACAAAAAGAGAUCAUAUCUUUAUUUGUUUACCUUUGCAUUAUACAUGUAAGAAUUAAAAAAAAAAUGCAAUGUUUACAAAUCUACGCACAUAUGUAUAAUCACAAGCAGUUUUUCUUCUAAGUUGACUUUCAUUUACUUUCAUACUUUGUUUUGUUUAACCUACUUUGGUUCAUUCUCAUGUCUAACCAUGCAACGUAAUACCGUGGUAUGCUUGCCUAUAAAUUGUCCUCUUAUCA